AUGGAACAACAUCCUAUCACCACUCCUCUGGAACAACAUCCCAUCACCACUCUGGAACAACAUCCCAUCACCACUCUGGAACAACAUCACAUCACCACUAUGGAACAACAUCCCAUCACCACUAUGGAACAACAUCACAUCACCACUAUGGAACAACAUCCUAUCAUCACUCCUCUGGAACAACAUCCCAUCACCACUCUGGAGCAACAUCCCAUCACCAUUCUGGAGCAACAUCCCAUCACCACUCUGGAACAACAUCCUAUCACCACUCUGGAACAACAUCCCAUCACCACUAUGGAACAACAUCCUAUCACCACUCUGGAACAACAUCCCAUCACCACUAUGGAACAACAUCCUAUCACCACUCUGGAACAACAUCCCAUCACCACUAUGGAACAACAUCCCAUCACCACUCUGGAACAACAUCCCAUCACCACUCUGGAGCAACAUCCUAUCACCACUCUGGAACAACAUCCCAUCACCACUAUGGAACAACAUACCAUCACCACUCUGGAACAACAUCCAAUCACCACUCUGGAGUAA